AUGUCGUCUCCUCGUGCUCCCGAAGAAGAGGUUAUACAGCCUGACGCUGCUUUGCAGAAUGUCACUGACGAUGAGGCUUACGAUAAUGAGAGUGAGCGGUCGUCUUUGACAUCUCUGACAUCGUCUAUUCUGCAUGGAAAGGUCGAGGGCGGGAGAACCUACGCCGUGUAUGGAAAAGAGGGCAAGUCUCCCAGAAUCUCAGAGUAUGGGUUACCCAUGGAUGAGGCUGAGCUUGAUCGCAUCGAUAUGUGCCACGCUAAAUACUGCGCGUUGAUUGGAAAGAACCGUUAUUUGGCGCCUCUGGAGAAGCCUCAGAGAAUUCUAGAUCUCGGCUGCGGUACAGGUUCGUGA